AGCCAGUGCAACUGUGCCCGCUGCGAUAUGUCCCGAGAUGGCGUGCUUUUUGUUUAUGUUCCUCCUCUAACCUAUUUAACCUUGAACCCUAAAUAACGUGACCUCCACUCAGUUGCUUUCUAAUCCACCAUCAACUAACGCCGUUCUCUUUACGUGCUUCUGUCAUAGAUAUUACCCAGUUUCUGAAGUUUUCUACAAUUAUCCAUUUACCUGAGGCCGACAUGCCUACUAAUAUGGACAUUGACUCGCCCAGUGCUAAGGCUCGUACUACCCUCGAUGCGGAGAAACUGAUCCAGCAACACUUGCUCAACCAGUCUCGUAAGCUUAUUCUCCAGACCAUUGCUUCGCGUGAUACCGUCACAAAACCAGACGCUCCCAUUCAAGAUCUGGCAGCGACUAUUCUUCGAAAUAUCUCAGGUGCCAAGACGUUGGAGGCUCUGCAAAAGCUUCAGGAGCUCCAGAGUCAGACUCAACAAUCAGCAUCGCUCUCCAGCAAAUCAUCAACCCUCUCGUCAAGCACAUUGUCAUGGAGGCCAUCGACCAUCCGCUCGAGCAUAGAUGAUGAUGAUGAUCUACAACCUACACCUGAGCAACAAGAGUACUUUCGCUUACAAUUGCUUAAACAUCAGCAGCAGUUCCAGCAACAGCAGUAUCAGCAAAAGCUCUUGAUGCAGGCACAGCUCCAGCUCCAGCAACAGCAAGCAUCUAAACAGCAGCAAACAACAUCUACCAAGAAUGGUGAGGAUGCUUUCGGAGAAUAUGAUUUGACCAAAACUUCGUCUCCUAUCUUGGCUCCCAAAACCAGUGCAAGCACUCUCGAUAACGUUUCUUCCGCAGACUUGGACUCCAGUUCCAAAGAUGAUGUUUGGAGCCUCGCAGCUGCACUUCAAAAGGCAGGUUCCAAAACCCAGAAAACAAAAAAGCAGAGCUCGCGGCCUCCUCGUACUCUCGAAUGCUUCAACUGCAAGGUUACCCAAACGCCAUUGUGGCGUCGUACUUUGGAUCGCAAGCAUUCAUUGUGCAAUGCUUGUGGACUAUAUUACAAACAGUACAACGGUCAUCGUCCUCUUAUUCAGGGUCAACAGCGCGAGUCAUCUGCCCCUUAUACUCUUACCCCAUCUCCAAAAUCAUCACUUUAUAGGGCCAUUCUGGCACCUAAGUUGGAUACUUCGGUUUUAUCGUCCUCUCUCAUUACGUCCUCAUCCAAAAACAUGGAUGUUGAAAUUGAAUCAGCCGCUCGCGCCCGUGGAGCUACAGGACAAGAGCAAAGCGUCAAAGCAUUGUCGACCUCCGAAAAUGAGCAGCGUGUACAUCAUAGGACUGACGAUAGUGCAAAUGCUUCCACAGUAGUACAGUCUCAAACAUUUGCUUCGUCAAGUCCGACAUUCUCCGCUUGUAUCAAGUCCCCUUAUACCAAUGGUUCACCCUCAUCAGCUGAACUCCAGUCUCUCUCAUCCGAAUCGCCUCUAUUGACAAGUGACGGUGGCUCAUUUUCGUCAAAUAGCUCUGUAUGCUCUCCUCUCACUAAUGCCGAGGUUCCUACCAUGCCACCAAUGAGUCUUUAUUCGCUUCCUCCAACUGCUUUGGGUAGUGUACCUUUCUCUAACUUGAUGUUCAGCGCGGCUCCUGCCUCAAUGUUGAGCCAGACCUCAACUCCUACUCCACCCACAACGCCACCAAAGUCUCUUAUUUUCGAUGACGCUCGUUUUCAGAUGUUGGUUGAACAUAUGAGGCCUGGUCAAAUGUACAAAUUCCUUAAUAUUCUGGAAAAGCGAUGUCGACAGCAGUUGCUCAAUUUGCUCCAACCGCAGCCUAUCUCUGUUGAGUCCAAGUCGAAUGAAAGCAACUUUGAGCACGCUCCCCUGUCCCCUACAAAAGAGGCUAUCUCCAAUGAUUUCUUACCUACUUUUCAACAGCAGAGUGACCUGAUUGCAUCAUUUCUUCAGGCAAACGAGGCUGGUAGUACCUUCAUGGGCCGAGGUUCGGACAUGAAUGACCAAGCCGAUUCCAACUUAGAGAAGGAUACUCAUCAGACAGCAGCUGAAGAAGACACUAGCAUGGCUUACUAUCCGUCUUCGCUCCCAUCCACAUCUGUCACAUCUUUUCUGACGUCGAGCUUGAAUCUUAUGGCCAAUGAGACAGCUGAUGGCAAAUUCUGGCAGACAGCCUCUAACUCGAUUGCUAUCUAUGCCAAUGAGUAAGCCUUCCCAAGUGAUGGAGAUCGUCAGGUGGUUUCCCGCCACCUUGAGGACCUCGAUGGCCUUCCUCCAUCUCAAUACGGUGGAGGGGCCCCUCGCCUUGCGCACAUCAGUUUUGGUUUCGCGCUCAACUACACUUUCUUACCCUUCCUCGUUUUUUGUGCUGUUUUGUUCUUUUUUUGUGUUUUGAUUAUCGAGCUUGCAGUUUAAAAUUUUCGUCACUUCCUCUGUUAUUAUCAUCACCACCUAUCAAUACUUCAGCCCAGCCUCUCCUUUAUGGCUGUUGUCAACUU